UGACAGGGUGGCAGUUCUGGGAAGCAACGUCACGAUUCACUGCUGGGCCAAAGUUCCAGUCGAGUGGUUCCUUCUUCAUAACCCUAGAGGUCAAAUUACGCUACAUUCAAUGAAGCCAGAGGAGGAUCUAGCAACAUUCACUAUCAGCAACGUGGUCUUGGAGCACAGGGGAAGCUACCGUUGCAGCUACAGACCCCUGUCAGAGCUUUUCAACAUCUCGGAGACCAGCAAUGAUCUGAAGCUAUUGGUGUUAGAUCCCAGGUUGCCCAGACCUACCAUCUCCAUCAGUCCCAGUAGGCUGGUUGUCUUUGGAGAACAAGUCACUAUUUGUUGUAAAACUGACGAUGGACCUGCAAAGUUCUAUCUUCACAAGGAUGGAGACCAAACAGCAACAUGGCCCAUGAAGUCUAACUUUGAUGAGGGCCAUUUUCCCAUUAGCGAUAUCAGCUGGGAGCACCUCACGAACUACAGUUGCAGCUAUGCACUUUCAGAAAGACCUUUUCUGUUCUCAGCACCCAGUGACCCCGUGGAGCUCCUGAUAUCAGAGACUCAAACUCCAGAUUACACCAAGAUCAACAUCAUUUGCUUUACCAUAGGAGGUCUGAUCCUUCUCCUCCUUGCAUAUAUCAUGAUUCGAGAUACGUUUUUUGAAGGGAACAUGGAAUCAAGGUUUCUCUCUAGCUCCGGAGGAAAUGGUCAUCAAAGGCGUCUUCCUGCUCCUUCACUUGACAUGAAAACUACUUGCCGCCAUUGUCUCAGUUGGCUAGAAAGUACCACCAUUGAAUUUGUCUGCGAUAGUCACCUUUCCGCAUGGACAUUGCAUUUCUACCUGGAGAAAGAUGGCCAGAACAUAAGAAAUGCCACUAACCAGGUCAAUGGAAAAGUGACUUUUGUCAUCACUAAUCUGAGCAGGAAGCACGGAGGGAACUACACCUGUUACUAUUCUGACUCAGAGCUGUCCUUGUCAUACCACAGUAAGUCUGUGAAGGUGCUGGGACAAGAUCAUGCUUUACCCAGACCCAAUAUCUCUCUGAGCCCUAGCAACGUGGCAUUUCCAGGGAACAACAUUACCAUUCAGUGCUAUGGGAAUUAUCUGAGCAAGAAGAAGUUCUAUCUUUAUCACAGUGAUGCAUAUAUGGUGAUGAAGUUGGAAGCAGAAUCAGCCAUGACACAUGAUGCAAUUGCCACAUUCACCAUCUUCAAUGUGAAAAUGGAUAAUAGGGGGAGAUACAGUUGCAGAUACAACCCCCUGUCAGGGUUUUCCAUUUCCCGCCUGAGCAAUCAAGUGGAGCUGUUUGUAGUAGAACAUAAAUUUGAGAAACCCACCAUCUCCCUGCAGCCCCUGGAAGUGGUUGACCUUGGGGGAAAUAUCACCAUCCACUGCAGGAGCAAAAGCAAAGCCACAGUCUUCUAUUUUCAAAAGUCUGCGAACCCUGUGCCUCCUCUUUUCAUGGUGACUAGAAGAACUAAGGACAACUUUCUCCUCAUCAACAAUGCAAGCUGGCAGCACAGAGGGAGUUACCAGUGCAGUUACAGCCUCAGUGGAAAUGUUUAUGAUCUCUCAGAGCCCAGUGACCCUGUGGAGCUUCUGAUUGCAGAUCCUGGUCUACCCAGGCCCAACAUCUCCCUGAGCCCCGACAGGGUGGCAGUUCUGGGAAGCAACAUCACCAUUCAGUGCUGGGCCAAAGUUCCAAUCCAGAGGUUCCUUCUUCAUAACCCUAGAGGUCAAAUUAUGCUAUAUUCAAUGAAGCCAGAGGAGGAUCAAGCAACAUUCAGUAUCAGCAACGUUGCCUUGGAGCAUGGGGGAAGCUACCGUUGCAGCUACAGACCCCUGUCAGAGCUUUUUGUCAUCUCGCAGACCAGCAAUGAUAUGAAGCUGUUUGUGUUAGGUCCCAGCUUACCCAGACCUGCCAUCUCCAUCAGCCCCAGUGGGUUAGUGGCCCUUGGUGGGCAAGUCACUAUUCAUUGUCAAUGUGAAGAUGGACCUGUCAACUUUUAUCUCAUUAAGGCUGGAGACCCAACAGCAAUGUGGCCCAUGAGGUUUGAUGGUCAUAAUGGUGGAGUUUCCAUUCGCAAUCUCAGCUUGGAGCACCUCGGGUACUAUCACUGCAGCUAUGCAUUUUUAGAAAGACCUUUUCAGAUCUCAGAAUUCAGUGACCCUGUGGAGCUUCUGGUAUCAGAUGCAGACUUAGCCAGACCCAACAUCUCUCAGAGUCCUAGAGGGCCGAUUCCACCAGGAGAAAAUGUGACCUUCCAGUGUCAAGGCCAAGGCAGAAGGUUCUCCCUUUAUAAGCAUGGAGAUCAGAUUGCAUUACAGUCUGUGGAAGUAUCUGGAGAUAAGGUUGAGUUCCUCUUGAAUAAUGUAAGCAAGGAAGAUGGAGGGAUCUACAGCUGCAGAUACAACUUGUUGGAUCCCUAUGUCUUCUCAAAAUCGAGUAACAUUCUGGAACUUCAAGUGCUAGAUCUCAGCUUGCCCAGACCUGUGAUCUCCAUUAGUCCCCAUGGGUCGGUUACCUUUGGGGGACAAGUCGAUUUCCAUUGUGAAAGUCAAGAUGGACCAGCAAAGUUCUAUCUGCAUCAGGCUGGAAACACAAGACCGAAGUGGUCUAUGGAGGCUGAUUUUGAUGAGGGCAAUCUUUCCUUUAGAAACGUCGGCUGGGAGCAUGAAGGAAACUACAGCUGCAGCUAUGCACUUUUAGAAAGUCCUUUUCUAUUUUCAGCUCCAAGUGACCCUCUGAAACUUCUGAUAUCAGAUUACACCCAGAUCAACACUAUCCGCUUUGCCAUAGGAAUUCUGAUCCUCCUCCUCCUCUUCCUCCUCACAUAUAUAGUGAUUAGGGAUCAGCACUUCAGACAGGAACAUGGACUUAAGUUCUCCAGGCAUCUUUCAGAAGGAGAAGACAGACUGCUGAUCUUGAACUCAGGAGGAAAUGCUGUGCUGAGGAAAACUCUCCCAGCUCCCUCUAUUUACAUAUACAAUGACGGGAUCUUGCUGGGAAGAAACACCACCAUCCUCUGCAGGAGUCAUUUCCUCUGGAUGGGCCGGGAUUUCUAUCUGGAGAAAGAUGGUCAGAAUGUACGCAAUGCCACAAACCAAGUCAGCAGAGAAGUCACUUUUGUCAUCACGAAUGUGAGCAGGGAGGAUGGAGGCGUCUACAGCUGUUACUAUUCUGACUCAAGCCUGUUCUGGUCAAAUCGUAGUAAACUUGUGGAACUGCUGAUCAUAGAUCCCAGCUUGCCCACACCCAGCAUCUCCCUGCGCUCCAUAGAGAUGCUUGCCCUUGGGGAAAAUAUCACUUUCCAUUGCGAAAGCCCAGUUGAGACCACAGAGUUCCUUCUCCAAAAGGCUGGAGACCAGAUGACUCAGCAGCUGAUCUACACCAAUGAGACCACGGCCACAUUCACCAUCAGAAAUGCAAGCAGAGAGCAGGGAGGGCUGUUUGGUUGCAUGUAUCGUGCCUAUUCAUCAGAUUUUCUUUUCUCACAGCCCAGUGCAGCCAAAGAGUUGCUGAUAUUAGAUCCUGAUCUACCCAGGCCCAAUAUCUCCCUUAGCCCUAACAGGGUGGCAGUUCUGGGGAGCAACGUCACCAUCCAGUGCUGGGCCAAAGGCCCGAUCCAGAGGUUCUUUCUCCAUCAGCCUGGAGGUCAAAUUACAUCACAUUCGGUGGAGCCAGAGGGGGACAUGCUGAACUUCACCAUCAGCAACGUGGUCCUGGAGCACAGAGGAAGCUACCGCUGCAGCUACAGACCCCUGUCAGAGUUUCUCGUCACCUCAGAGACCAGCUAUGAUGAUGUGAAGCUGUUUGUAUUAGAUCCCAGUUUACCCAGACCUGCCAUUUCCAUCAGCCCCAGUGGAUCCGUUGCCCUUGGGGGACAAGUCCAGUUCCGGUGUGAAAUUCAAGAUGGACCCGCCAAGUUCUAUCUUCACAAGGAUGGAGAUCAAACAGCAGAGAGGCCCAUGAGGUCUGACUACGAUGUGGGUGAAUUUUCCAUUAGCAACAUCAGCUGGGAGCACCAAGGAAACUACAGCUGCAGCUAUACAUUUUUAGAAAGAAACAGGAUUUUGCCUCUGUUCUCGGCACCCAGUGACCCCUUGGAGCUUCUGGUAUUAGAGACAGAUUACACCCAGGGCAACAUCAUCCGCUUUUCCAUAGGAGGUCUAAUUCUUCUUCUUCUCGCAUAUACCAUGAUUCUGGAUCAGUCCUUCUGAAGGAAAGAUGGACUCAAGUUUUCCAAGUGCAUUACUGAGGGAGAAGACAAAUUCUACAGAGCAAACUCAAAGUGUAUCCCGUCUGCGUGGACCUCUUCUUUUUCAGGUUCAAAUGCUGAACAAUUAGAAAUGGAUUUAAAUGCCCUUAGUUAGUCAGUCAUCUGCCUCUUCACUGAUCAAUCGUUUAAUUGAUUUGUU